AUGUGUACGGUGAGUAUAGAUGUAAAAAUUAAUCAGAACGGUGUGUGGGAAUGUGAGGAGGAUGACACCACCAACUGGGCCAAAUACCGAAGACUUAUUCUAUUUGUCUUACAUUUGAAAUUUUCUUUCCUGGGAGUUCCUCAAACAGACCAGGUUGUUUCUGGUGUUGAACACUCCAAGGAAUGUGAGACUUCCUCACCCUUUCCAUAUAGCUCCUUUCCAUUCCAUCUGGUUGAUGAUCCUAAGCCUUCUGUGUCCUCAGCACACACAGAAGAGGAAACAGUCAUGAAAGUUUACUACAUGCAUGUCAAAAUGAAAAGGGGGGUGGCUGUCUUAAGUAAUCAACAGGAAGGCCUGGAGCCUCCUACCAAAAAAACAAAAAUAGAAGAAAUGACCUUUCCUGAAAAUGUCCAGGGAGCAGUCACCCCUUCUUGUGCAUAUACAAAGGAACUCCUAACUGGCGGUGAGUCCAGCUGGCAUAAUGAAGCCCAAGAGGAAAGGAAGGAGGCUGACAGUCCACCAGUGCCUCCAGCUGCUGAGGAAUAUCCCAGAGCCAAGACCCCUAAAUGGCUCGUGGCUCUGGAUAGUGGCUUCAGGGGCAUGGCCUACUGCUGGGUCUUUCCCAGCUUGGAGGUCCUCCAGGAACAUGUGAAGCAUGGAGUCAGUGAGGGCUUCAGCUGCCAUACUUCCCAUCUGACCUUGACUUUGCUGAAGAGUAAGAAAAGGGUAGAGAAGGAAAAGAGUAGGCAGAUGAAGAAUACUAAGAAUAUUGGCAUAUAGAUGCCAGAAAGAGAAAAAUUUUGGCAUGAAGUUGUCUUCAUACAAAUAAACACAACUCUUUCCAGCCUCUCCAAGAGAAGCAGUAGAGAAGGCCAGACUCUACUGAGCAGGGGGCUUCAUCUUCUCUAAGCAGCCCUAGGACCCACAUUUAUUUAUGCACAUCUCCCACCACCACCACUCCCAGCACACCACCACCAGGAGCAGAGAACCCCUUUCAACUAUCUCCACUGCUUUCCUAAGAAGGAGGGAGAAGAAGGCAGCUCACACCAUGCAGAACAGCAAGAUGGUCUCAUACAAACUAAAGAGCAAUGACCACCCACAUAUCGUCUCUACCUGAAAAAAGGAGACUCACUGGAAGGGGAAACUGCUGGGGGCUGGAUUGUAGAAGAGGUGAGGGCUCUAGGAGUAAGAGAAUGUCUCAAGUGUUCUUGGGACUCAGGUUUCUGAGAUAAGGUAGCAUCUGCUGGAGAUGCCUCCCAAGGUUCCAGAAUACCUGUGUUGAAUAAUUUCCUUCAGAGGAAUACAUACUUGGAAGUAGAAUGCUUGCUUGAUGACAGAUUAAGGAAAUUGCUUCCUUUCUAUGCACUUUGAGGAGACAGGAGUAAAGACCUGACUAGCAGUUUAGAAGGGCAGAGAAGCCUGGGCCCACCAUUCCUAGAUUAACCAAAUGUCAUGAGAGUCACAUAUCUUGGCCUGCCUCCCUUUCCAAGGGGUGCAGGGCAAAGCAGAGACAAACUUUCUCUCCUGGAGGAAGGGUUGGUAUGCAGGCUAGAUGUAGUCUUGCCCUUUUCCUGGGUGAGAGUGAGAUCUCAGAUGUCAUGUUCUAAGUUUCUUUUUUUUUAUUA